GUGGGUGCCCCGGGUGACAACGAUCGUGGGGACUUCAGUGGUGCGGCCUAUGUCUUCCUUCGGAAGGCAGACACCUUCGAGGAACAGGCCAAACUCACAGCGGAUGAUGGCUUCAGAGACUCCUACUUUGGUCAGGAUGUGAGUAUCUUUGGGGAUACCAUCCUGGUGGGUGCUGAUCGUGAUAGUCUCAACGGCAAGAAGGACAGCGGCUCGGCCUACAUCUUCCGCCGUGACAUCGAUGUAUGGCAGCAAGAGGCAAAGCUUACGCCCAAGGAUGCAGUGGACUUUGAGCGUUUCGGUGCCAGGGUCAGCAUCAUGGCAGAUCGCGCAGUGGUGGUCGCUGCCGGCAACGCAGAGAAGAACGUCUCAGCGGCGCUGUACAUCUUCCACCGCCACGAGAAGCGCGGAUGGGUCUUGAAACAUCGACUACUGGCUCCAGAGGUUUCGAACGCCAACUUCGGGUCCAGUCUCAGUCAGACCAACGACACCAUCCUGAUCGGGGCGCAAGAGGACAAUGUCCGUGGUCCUGGUAGCGGUUCGGUGAUCCUCUACACCUGGAACGGCAGCGCCUGGUCAAAGCCUUCCAAGUUGGUGGCCAAGGAAACUAGAGCCAGCGACCGUUUCGGCUGUAGUGUUGGCAUGUCCGGAGAUAUGGCGAUCAUUGGUGCCUUUGGACACACCAACAAGUGGAAGGGUGAUGGUGCCGCCUACAUUUUCAAGCAAAAAGGAGGGCAUUGGGUGGAAGUUGCCGAACUCUUGGCCGAGGACGGCGAUGCCAACGACGGCUUUGGCCGCAGCGUCUCGAUGUCCUCGGGAAUCGCCGCCAUCGGUGCGGCGGGGGACGAGCACAGCGGCGUGGACAAGAGCGGCUCAGGCUACAUCUUCGUGCGCCAAGGUCAGAAGUGGGUGCAGCAAUCCAAACUUUCGCCGAGCAAGGUCUCGGCGGGCGCGCGAUUCGGACAGGCCGUGAGCAUGUCUGGGCACAUGGCCAGCUUUUCCACCGCGUCGGAACACGCCUUCGUCUUCCCUGCAUCUUUGACACAGGUGGGCUGGACACUGACUCUUCCGUCCCGAUGCUUUGGAGGAAUCUCGGAAUACGAUAAUACUGGAGGCCACGAGGUCACGGAUAAACGCUGCCGGCUCCGAAGGAACCAGCCGCCCAGAACGCGGAGACUCCAUGCUGGAUCAAAGCGGUUGCCUCUGUGCAGAAACAGAGAGGGUACUUUACCCCAAAGGCCCAAAAAUGGGCAAUGA